UGUCGUGGAAGUCAUGAAGAAAGUUCCCCAGACUCACUUUUUCCAGAGCAACUCUGGCAGUUUGUCUCCUUUCCUGAUGAUUUUUUUUAAUCCUCAUGCCUUUGAUCUAAAGACAUUUGCUCAGUGCCAGGUUACUCAGAACCUGAAAGAGGGUGCCUCAAAAUCAGAAGCUUUCCCUGGAGGACCAAUGCUGAGGUUUAAAGGAGCCAUUGUUGAAGAAGAAAAUGUAGUAGUCAACCAGAGGCCAUGUAAGGCCUUUGGGAUUCAUGGCCAGACAAUGAAUUCAAAAUAGUGAAAGUUUCUUCUUCUCACAAGCUCCUCUCAUAUACUCCUCAUUGUCCCAAAUCCUCUGAGGCUGUGAGAUAUUCAGUUUCCACCGUCCAACUGCCCAGCAUCCCAUCUGCCUAGGAGAAAACAAAGCUUGCCUCUUGUUUAAUAGUUUGCUUAUAUCUCUUAUUUACUAAGCUUAAGUUGCCAUAUUGUUGCUUUUUCUCUGUGUGUGUGUGUGUGUGUGUGUCUAAACUGCUUGAAAACUUUCUAUUAAUAUUUCCCUUGUUCUAGUGUAGACAAUGCAUUUUAAAUAAACCAUUGAAGUAGAAUUCAUACUGAAGAUAAGUCAAAAACUUGUGCUCUUAAAAUAUUCCUAUCCCUUCUUGGGGAGAAUAAACAUUUUAUUUUAUAUUGCAGGAAACAACAUUAUUUUUCUGAUGUAUUUAAUGUCUUCGAUUCUGUCAUUAUUGGGGUGACUUUGGCAUUUGACCUCUUGUACAUGCUUUUUGACUUUCACAGCAAUGUCUCCAGAUUCACCAUUUUAUUUCGAUCUCUGCGACUUAUCACUCUGAUCAGAAUGUUUCAUUUGGCUUACCAAAAAAGACAACUUGAAAAGCUGACCAGAAGGCUGGUUUCAGGAAACAGAAGGAGAUACACAAAGGAUGGAUUUGACCUGGACCUCACUUACAUUACUGAGCGUAUUAUUGCCAUGUCAUUUCCAUCUUCUGGAAAGCAGUCUUUCUAUAGGAAUCCAAUUCAGGAAGUUUCACGAUUCUUAGACUUGAAGCAUGAAAACCACUAUCAAGUGUAUAAUCUAUGCAGUGAAAGAAGUUAUGAUCCUAAGUACUUCCAUAAUAGGAUCCAUAGAAUCAUGAUUGAUGAUCAUAAUGUCCCUACUUUGAAAGAGAUGGUGGUGUUCUCCAAGGAAGCAAAUGCGUGGAUGGCUCAAGAUGAUAAAAAUAUCCUAGUGAUUCACUGUAAGGGAGGCAAAGGAAGAACUGGAACUAUGGUUUGUGCCUACCUUCUUGCCUGUGGAAAGUUUUUAACUGCAGAGGAAAGCCUUUAUUUUUUUGGACAAAGACGAACAGAUAAAAGCAAAAGCUCUAAAUAUCAAGGAGUAGAAACUCCUUCACAGAGUAGAUAUGUGAGGUAUUUUGAAAAAGUGAAAAGUGACUACAAGUGGGAUCUACCUCUAAGACAGAAUUUCAUUAUAAAAAAAUUCAUCAUUUAUUCAAUUCAUGGUGUUGGAAAAGGCAAUGGAACUGAUCUAAAAAUACAUAUAGUAAUGCAUCGGAAGACUGUCUUUUCUUCUAGUUCCAGUAACUGUAGGAUAUUUCAUGACAUUGAAUCAGACAGAGUAAUAUUUAUUAUAAUCAACAGUCCAGUUCUCUAUGAUGAUGUGAAAGUACAGUUUUUCUCCACAAUCCCAGAGAGAAGAGUGAAGCACACUUUACAAUGCCAAAGGGAAGGUGGGAGCCAAGGACAUGUUUGCUCAACCAGCAGAGAGGAGCAAUAGAGAGAAAGAGACCUGAGGAUCAAAGACUUUAUUGGGGUCCAGAGUAUAUAGUUUUUCCUUGUAGUUUUUCCACAGGGAGAUCUAAUUGGAGUGGGCUUAAAGGAAACAAGUAUAAGGUCCAAGAAGUCACACACUGUGACUGAGAAGUAAUCUCUGUGGCAUAUCUGUACAGGUCCCCUGGAGUAUGGCGGUCAAUGGGGCAAGUUAAGUGCAUUGUGUGUAGCUGUCCCAUAGGAAGGUGGUCACCAGGAGGUAGCUAUGUAAGACAGAUAUCUGAAUUGAUUACAUUGAACUGGGAGUAAGCAGAGAACUGGAAACUCAAUAAUAAUGGAGCCCAGCUUCUCGUAUGAGAAAGUCUGACAUUUAAAAUGAUGCCAAGGCAAAAUAUUUUAAGAAUUCAUUAUGACAUGUUUGCAUAUAAAUAGGCAUGGUCCUUGGUAGAUUCUGUUUAGCACCAUCUAAUCCAGUUUAAAAGACCAGUGUGUAAAUGUAUAAGUAUCUAUCAAAAAUACAUUUUUUAGAAGGGAAUUGCUAUUAUAUAGUAAUUCUUCAUUUAACUUAUUGAGGAACUGUCGAACUGUUUUCCACAGUGGCUUGCAGCAUUUUACAUUCCCACCAGGAAUAUAUGAGGGACUCCAAUUAUCUGCAUCCUCACCAAUACUCUAUUUUUUCUAUUUUUGCUUUUUUUUUUUAAUCAGUGACAUUAGUGGUGUGAAGUGUUACCUUAUUGACAUUGUGACUAAGAAUCAGUUAAUGCACUUGCUGGCUGUUUGGAUAUAUUCUCUGGAUUAUCUUUUUUGUUGAUUUCAUAAUUAGUUAUAUAUUCUGGAUUUGAGACUUUCAUCAGAUAUGUGAUUUGAAAAUAUUCCUUUCAUUCUGUGGCUUAUGUUUUCACCCUGCUGAUGGAGCCCUUUAAUGCAUAAAGGUUUUAAAUUUUAAUGAAGUUCAAUUUACCUAUUUUAUUUCACUUCACUAUUUUGGACCCUUAUGUUUUCAUUCAAAAUACCAACAAAAUAAAGAUAAUACAUUUUCAACACUUAAAAAAUACAUUCCUCAAAAUGUUUGAUAGAAACAGAGAAAGCAACAGCAUUCUUUUAAGCCUCCUUCUUUAUAUCUUAAGUGUAUUGUCUUAGAUUGUAGAGUGCUGUAUACUUAAUUGCUACUUUAUUUAAUAAACAUAUAAAGGAAGGAAUUUUAAUCCCUUCAGAAACAUUAGUUUGGGGUAUUGAUUUUAUUAUGAAAAUAACUUUCUUUUCUUUAACUAUGUUUUUAUAGGAUCUUCCUAAAUACUAUGACAACUGUUGUUUUUUUUUCUGGUUUCACACAUCUUUUAUAAAAA